GUCACGGAGACGCUGAAGCUAACUCUCACCAGAAAGGUUUGCAGCCAAGUGUGAAGUGGUUGGGAUGGGAAUCAGCACCUCCAAAUCUGAGGCCGUGGUCCUCAAAAGCUUGUCAGGGUCGAAAAUUAGAUCCUGCCCCAAGUAGGGGAGAUCGAGUUCUUGGGGUCGUGUUCAUGAGUAAGGGAAGAUGAUUGGCAGAUUGGCGUUGCAUCUGCAGUGAUGCGGACUCUGCAUCGGUCUGUCAUGGAGAAGAAGGAACUUGAUCUCUCAAUUUACCGGUCGACCUAUGUUCUCAACUUCUCACCCUCACCCACGGUCAUGAGCUGUGCUCAAAAGAACAAGAUCACAGAUACAAGCGGCCAGAAAUGAAUUUCCUCCGUGGGCUCUCCGGGCAGUCUUUUAGAAAUAGUGUGUGAAGCUCGCUCAUUAUGGAGGGGCUCAGAGUAGAGGCCAUGCUCUUCAUCAGAAGGAGCCAGAUGAGGUGGCUGGGGCAUCUGGUUUUGAUGCCUCCUUGGUGAGAUGUUCCGGGAACAUUGCACCAGGAGGAGGUCUCGGGUACAACCCAAGACACGAUGGAAAGACUUUCUCCAAAUCCUGUAUGUCUAUAAAUGAUUCAACCAAUUACCGAUGAGAGCUUCACCUGUGACGCUGUAAUUAGCACAUUCCCAAGUGUUUCUAAAAAGAACCUCGGCACACCAGACCUUCAUGUCAAGUGCAACCUGACCCCUGAUGACAUGCCAAAGAUUCAACCACAGACCAAAGUGCUGAUCAUCAACAGUCUGAAGAGUGAAGACCAUGUCCACUGCUAAGGUUCCACGUCAAAGUUGCUGAAAGCCAAGAAGGUGAAGGUGCUCCAGGAUUGGCCAGCCCAGCGAACAGCCAUGAAGAUUGAUGAAGCAGGAGGAUUGGAAGAUGAAACCAAAGAAUCUCGAGAGUCCCGCAAGGCUGCUUUUUUUUUUUUUUUUUUUUGCCAUUCUGCGCGACUUCAUCAACAGUGUGCAUGUGUUGUGUGUUUGCAAAUAGAAGCUAACGCACACCUUUGUAAAUAUUGAAGGAAAUACCACGCGUGUGUUUAGAUUUACCGUAGUAUUAGUAAGUUAAAAACUUGCAAAAAAUCUACAGUGCAAUACUUCAUAAUUACAUUAGAAACGUUCCGGAGAAAAGAAAUGGCUUUUUUUUUUUUUCUUCUUCUGGGCUUGUUUUGCACGACACCUGCGGGCUAGGUUGGGUACUGCAUCCAUCAGGAUGAGCAUUUAAAAAUAACAAGUGGCUGGGCCACGGUGAGUGACACGAGGAGCGUCAGGUUGCCGUGUUGGUGCAGGCGGAAAAGCCGCGCAAAUGGGCGCCUGCUUUGGGGCUCAAAUUACGUGGAGGCACGGGGGCGCUGCACCGGGGAGGGACCGCAAGGAGCACUCCCCUCCCUCUCCUCUCUCCUCUCUUCUCUUCUCUUCUCUCUUCUCUCUCACUUCUCCCUCCCGUCUCCCUUUCUUUCAUCGGCGGCGCGUCGCUUCCAACCCAAGCAGGCAGGACGCGAGCGUCUCUCGGCCGUCAUGUUGGCCAGCAGCGGCAAGUCACCGGUUACCUCCGCCAGGGAGCCCAGACCCAAAGUGGCCGAGAAGACCGCAGAUCCCAUUCGGAGGCUCGGUCUGCUGGACAACGAGGACGUGCGCGUGAUGAUGGCGGGCUCCAACAUGGUGAAAGUGCGCUCUCCAAGAUGGCAGAAGAGCCGGAAUUUGCGCCUGCUGGAGGACGGCCUCACCGUGUGGUGCGAGUCGUCGAAGAGCUCCCGCAAGGCCAAAGCCCGUCAGACGUUCGCGGUGACCGAGGUGGAAUGCGUGCGCGAGGGCUGCCAGUCGGAGGCGCUGCGCCGGAUCUCGGGCUCGGUGCCGGACAGCCACUGCUUCACGGUGGUCUUCCGAGGGGCGCGCAAGAGCCUGGACCUGCUGUGCCCGUGCGAGGACGAGGCGCUGCGCUGGGUGCGAGGCCUGCGCACCCUGAAGGAGCGUGUCGCCAACAUGACGCAGAAGGAGAAACUGGACCAAUAUCCUUUGUGGAAAUGUUGCGCAGAUUCGAUGUCAACAGCAUACUACCUGCGGCGAGCGGAUCAGAACCAAGACGGCAAGAUGAGCUACGACGAAGUCCGCCGGCUGCUGCAGAUGAUCAACAUCGAUCUGAGUGAGCAGUACGCUCGCUCUUUGUUCAAGAGGUGCGACCGGUCCGGGGACAGCCGUCUGGACCACAAUGAGAUCGAAGAGUUCUGCCGGGAGCUGCUGCGCCGGCCCGAGCUGGACGCUGUCUUCCGCCACUAUUCCAGCAACGGAUGCGUGCUCUCCACCGCGGAGCUGCGAGACUUCCUGGGAGACCAGGGAGAGGACGCCAGCCUGGCCCACGCGCAGACCCUUAUCAGCACCUAUGAGCUCAACGACUGGGCUCAGAGGAAUCAGUUCAUGACCCAGAAUGGCUUCACCAUGUACAUGCUGUCGCGGGAGAAUGACGUGUUGAACCCAGAGCACGCCCGAGUCUACCAGGACAUGGGCCGCUCCCUCGCCCACUACUUCAUCUCCACCUCGCACAACACCUACCUCACCAAGGACCAAGUGACAAGCGCCAGCAGCACCGAGCCCUAUAUCAGGGCUUUAAUUCAAGGCUGCCGCUGCGUUGAGCUGGACUGCUGGGACGGAGAUAAAGGCGAGCCGGUCAUCUAUCAUGGUCACACGCUUACCUCCAAAGUGCCUUUCAAGGAGGUCAUUGUCACCAUCGCACAGUACGCCUUCAAGACGUCUCCGUACCCUCUGAUCUUGUCGCUGGAGAACCAUUGCUCCGUGGAGCAGCAGGUGGUCAUGACCAAACACCUCCGCACCAUACUGGGCAACAAGCUGCUCAACAAGCCCCUCAGUGGCCACACGCUCAAGGAUCUCCCCUCACCCGAAGAGUUGAGGGGACGUAUCCUGGUAAAAGGGAAGAAGCAGAUCCCUCACCUAGGCCAGCUGGGCAAGAACGGAAGCUGCGGCAGCUUCUCCUCAAGCUCUGAAGACGAGCAGGCAGGCGGAAACAAGAGUACGCCCAAGAAGGACCCGGCCAAGGUGUGUUCCAAACUGAGCGUGGAGCUGUCAGAGUUGGUGGUGUACUGCCGCAGCGUCCCCUUUUGUGGUUUCGCAAACAUGGGUGAAAGGCCGCCGGAUGAAAUGUCCUCCUUCUCCGAGAACGACGCCCUACGGCUGAUCAAAGACUCGGGGAAGCUUUUUGUGAGACACAACAGCAGGCAGCUGAGCCGGAUCUACCCCUCCGGACAGCGCCUGCAGUCAUCCAACUACGAUCCCCAGGAAAUGUGGAACGCCGGCUGCCAGAUGGUGGCUCUAAAUUUCCAGACCCACGGCGAGCAGAUGGACCUGAACCAGGGCCGUUUUCUGCCCAACGGGCGUUGCGGCUACGUCCUGAAACCCAGCUUCCUGUGCAGCGGCGAGUCUGACUUCAACCCGGAGAACACGGGCGGGGGUCCCGGUCACAUCCCCACCCAGCUGACUAUCCGAGUGAUAUCAGCGCAGCAGCUUCCCAAAAUCAACACAGACAAGGCUAGCUCCAUUGUGGACCCUCAGGUGUGGGUGGAGAUUCACGGAGUGGCCAUAGAUAACACCAGAGACAAAACACACCGCAUUGACAACAAUGGCUUCAACCCACGAUGGGACUGCACGCUCAGCUUCCAGCUGCAGGUGCCCGAGCUGGCAUUGGUGCGCUUUGUCGUCGAGGACCACGACCACACGGCCAAGAACGACUUUGUGGGACAGUUCACGUUACCCUUCACCAGCCUGCGUACAGGUUACCGACACGUGCACCUGCUGAAGGCCGACGGGUCCCGGCUGGCCCCCGCCACGCUCUUCAUCCACGUUAAAGUGUCCCGCAAAGGUGUUCCCAUCAAACACGUGUGUGAAAGUACGCCUUCCCCCAAGAGAAAAGUGUAAAUGUUACAAAGUGAGAAAUGUUAGCUGGGGGAUUGGGGGCAAACGUUUGUGCUCAAGGGCCACACUGGAUUUUUUUUUUUUUUUUUUUAAACAGGACAGAUUGGCCUGCUCAUUCAUAGAUGAGGUCAAUUUUUUUUUUUACUAAUUCAUGAAUAGAUUUUAAUUAAAUUUAGAUUUAUGUAGUAAAAAAGACAAUUUAAUCCAACAAAUAUUGCCCAUCCCUGCCUUUGUUGGACACAAGCAGCUCUUCCUUCCCUGAAAUCACAGUGCGCUGUUUUUGUUUCAACUAAAGAUGAAUUAAUAUGAUCGCAAAUUAGAUUAAUGAAGUACUAAGAACAAACAAAUGGAAAAAAAAAUCUAACUUACUGUACUUACAGCACUUUUUAAUGUCUUGUAUGUUUUUACCUCCACAACUUGAACUUAAAAUGACAAAAACAAGCAGUAUUACAUUAAAAACAGAUGUUUACGUGUGUCCUAUUAUUAACUUUAUCUCCAACAUGCUAGAUUUCACAUAAGCUAAGGAAAGGAAAUGAGUCUAUUCAUUUAUUUUGACUUGGAGACUGUCGUGUCUAUUUCUGUUUCUUGUCCUCUUUGUUGCCAAAAUAGAGUAUAUGAAUUGACUGAUCAUUACAUCAUCCUGAAAAGUUAAACCUUUCAGUAUUAAGAAGUUUUUCGUAGUUUAACAGGUCAUUAUAUGCAGUGGUGUAUUUAUUGUGACUGUCUUUAUUACAAAUUAACAAAUCAUCUACUAGCACUAUGAUACAGUAUGAGAGAGAGAGCGAGAGAGAGAGAGAGACUCACAGUCAUUAAUUUUGGGAGAUAAUUCUUUGUGUUAAUCUUUGUUUUGUUGUUGUUUUUGUAACAAAGUACUUUUUAGUGCUGGUUCUCCUUUAACUUUCUCAUGCAACCAUGUCAUUGUCGUCCGUGAAGUGCCAAUAAAGUAUUAAUAAAUUGA